GGCUCGGAAACUUUUCAAACUUCAGUUUGCUUUGAGCGUAGCAGGAGGAGAGAAGAUGGCUACCGGGACUAGCGGACCGGUGUGCCUUUUGUGUUUCAUUAUUCUGUGUUUACCAACAUUGACAUUCGCAGCGGUUUUCACGCCGCCUUAUUUUAACUUGGCCCAAGGCAGGAAUAUUACGGCGACGGCAACAUGCGGCUACGGCGUUCCGUACAGGGAGCUCUAUUGUUCUAUUGCCUCCAAUGCUGGCCAGAGUCGGAACCGUGAGCCCAUCACCGGAGAACUCAUCCAAGGACAGUACUGUGAUUAUUGUGAUUCAAACAACCCUGACAAGGACCAUCGGGUGGAGAACGCUAUUGAUGGAUCGGAAAGGUGGUGGCAGAGCCCGCCCCUGUCUAGACUGGGCGCGGAGCUUAACAAAGUUAACGUCACCAUCAAUCUGGGUCAGGAAUUUCAUGUGGCCUAUGUGUACAUUAUGAUGGCCAAUUCUCCCCGUCCUGGUGUCUGGGUUCUGGAGCGCUCUAUAGAUUUUGGUAAAACUUGGCAACCCUGGCAGUAUUUUGCAGACACACCAAGUGACUGUCUCAACUUCUUCAACACCUCUGCAGAUGAGCCACUAACUAGGGAUACUCAGAUCCGUUGCACUACAGAAUUUUCAAAAAUUGUGCCCCUCAGCAACGGAGAGAUUGUUGUGUCUCUGGUCAAUGGACGUCCUAAUGCUCACAACUUUUCCUAUGCUGAUGAUCUUCAAGAAUGGACAAGAGCCACAGACAUUCAACUGAGACUUCUUCGUACAAAGACAUUGCAUGCUCAUUUGAUGGCUAAAGUUAGAGAGGAUCCGACAGUAACUAGAAGGUAUUACUACAGUAUUAAAGACAUCUCCAUUGGUGGAAGAUGUGUUUGUAAUGGCCAUGCUGUGUCCUGCGAUGUCAGAGAUCCUGAUACCAACAGACUGCUCUGUGGCUGCAUACACAAUACUUGUGGAGCUCAGUGUGACAGAUGCUGCCCUGGAUUCACUCAAAAGAAGUGGCGGCGUGCCCUCGUAGACCAGCCUUUCCAGUGUGAACCCUGUGAGUGCUUUGGACAUACUGCCGAAUGUAUCUAUGAUGAAAAUGUAGAUCGUAAUCGACAAAGUCUUGACAUUUAUGGCAAAUAUGAAGGUGGUGGAGUUUGUCAAAACUGCAGAGACAACACGAUGGGAGUGAAUUGCGAGAAAUGUGUUUCAGGCUACUAUCGACCAUAUGAUGUACCACGCAAUGCCACAGAUGCCUGCAGACCUUGUGAGUGUGAUUUAAAGGUUUCCACAGGAGAAUGUGAAGAAGGAAGUGGCCGCUGCCUGUGUAGACCAGAGUAUACAGGAGAACUGUGCGACAGAUGCAGCUUUGGUUACUAUGGCUACCCUGACUGUAUUCCCUGUGAGUGUGAUGUCAAAGGCACUGAAGGUUCUAUCUGCACUACCAACUCUGGAAUCUGCCCGUGUAAAUACAAUUUUGCUGGCUCUAAGUGCAACCAGUGUGCCCAGGGCUAUUACAACUUCCCCGAAUGUAAACCUUGUGGAUGCAAUCUUGUAGGCUCCCCAAGCUCUGUCUGUGAUCUAGAAUCUGGACAAUGUCAAUGUCUUGGAAAUUUUGCCGGAAGAGACUGUAGUGAAUGUGCCAAUGGCUAUUUUCGUUUCCCCACAUGUGAAUAUUGUGACUGUGACCAUUCUGGAACAACAUCUGACAUCUGUGACAAAAGCUCAGGACAGUGUCUUUGUCGAGAACGCUACACUGAUGAGCGCUGCAACAGGUGUGCUCCUGGGUUUUACAGGUUCCCAGAAUGUUUAGCGUGUCAGUGUGAAAGCCCAGGAUCUAGAAGUAAGAUCUGCUUUGAGACAACUGGACAAUGUCGCUGUAAUCCCAACUUUGCUGGACAAAACUGUGACCGGUGUGCCGCUGGCUACUAUAAAUAUCCAGAAUGUAUUCCCUGCAACUGUAAUUUAUAUGGUUCAUUGGGUCAAACUUGUGACCAGACAAGCGGACAGUGUAACUGUCGCAGCAAUUUUGUUGGAGUCAUGUGUGAUAAAUGUGGAGAGAAUUUUUACAACUACCCCAACUGUGAAGUUUGUAACUGUAACCCUGACGGUGCUAAAGAAAUACUUGGGUUCCCUCUUGGCGGCUGUGGGAUCAGAACUAGCGGCCUCUUGUGUGAGUGUAAAGACAAAGUCAUGGGCAGGAUAUGUGACAAGUGCAAGCCUGGAUACUGGAACCUUAAUAGAAAGAACCCUGAAGGAUGUGAAACAUGCAGCUGUCAUGAGCCUGGUACACUGGCGGGGGUCAACAAAUGCGACAUGAAGACUGGCCAAUGUGAAUGUAAGCCUAGAGUAACAGGCAGAGACUGUAACACAUGCUUGGAUGGCUUCUACAAUCUUCAGGAGCGUAACCCAUUUGGUUGUGUUGAUUGUGAAUGUGACCGUGGUGGUUCCUUGAGACCUAUGUGUGACAAAGUCACUGGAAAGUGUGCCUGUAAACCAAGAAUUACUGGACAGAAAUGUGACAAGGCAGUAACUGGUCACUAUGUCCCAACAUUGCAACAAUACAAGUUUGAAGUGGAAGAUGGUAAAACACCAGAAGGUGCGAGAAUCCGUUAUGGCUAUGAUCUCAGAGAAUUCCCUAAUUUCUCAUGGAGAGGCUAUGCUGUUCUCACCAGUGUACAGCCUGAAGUUAGAUUUGAUGUUGACAUUCGUCACUCCAGCCUUUAUCAGGUCAUCUAUAGAUAUGUCAACCCAACUAACAGCACUGUGAAAGGAACUGUCACCUUCACCCCUGACUCACCCACAGAAAAUGUACAGACUGGAUUGAUCAGUCUUUCACCUACCAUGGAUCCCAAAUUUGUAACAGUGACCAGUGAAACAUCUCAGUCAUUUGUAUUAAACCCUGGCUUAUGGACAAUCUCAACCAACACCCCAGGCUAUGUGUUUCUGGAUUACUUUGUUUUGGUUCCAAAUGCUUACUAUGAAGCCAGUCAAGUCCAGCAUAAAGUGACCAAUCCUUGUGUUGCUCCUAAUGAUCCUGGACCAUGUGUUCACUUUAAGUAUCCUGACUUGGAAGGUCAUCCUAAAGGCUUAGGAAAGAGUGGCUACAAGGUUUUGGAUGAUAAUACCAGAGUAGAUGUUGUUCUUAAUCCAGAUGAUACCCUAAAUAAUCUACUUGGAUCUCAAGGUCUUGUUGAGAUUAAUGAGCGACAGAGAUCUUUCAUUAUGGAUCUGUAUGUUCCAUUACCCAAUGAGUACCUGAUAUUUAUCAACUAUUAUAACCCUGGUUCUUCUUCACAACAACUGGAUGUAGAAGUCGAGCUGCCUGGUGGAAAUAAGAAAUCAGUUGUAACCCUUGCCAAUUGUCCAUUCACGACUUUGUGUCGUCAAGUUUUACGUGAACCUGAGGGUUGGGAAGCUUUGUUUAACAUCACAACUGGUCGUGCUACACUUUACAUCAACAGUAGAGGUGACGGGAAAGAUGUUGACCUUUAUAUAGACUCAGUUUAUGCCAUCCCCAAAGCUCAGUAUCAUCAUGACCUGAUUAUGCCAAAAACUAUUUGUGUGGAAGUCAAUGGAAACUGUGUGCCCUCAGUGUAUGGUACACCUGUUGGUGCUCAACGCAUUGACUUUGAAAACACCCCAAAUGAGGAUCUGGUGUCCAAGUCUCCACCACCUGACAUUUUGGAUUCUAACAUUGGAUUGGUUAACUUGGAAGACACCAUCAAGCUUGUGGAUCAGACAUCUUGCCCAAUAUCAGAAGACAAUAAAACUGAUCAAUGUGAGACAGAGACAGUUACCUCUGUGAGACCUCUAGAGCUUUAUGGACAAGUGCCUAAACCCGGACAGUAUGUGUUCAUUGUUCACUAUUACAUGCCUAAAGAAGCUGGACUUGCAAUCCCUGUCUCUGUCUUUGCUGAUGGUGUAGAAUCAACAGGUAUUUUUAGUCCACGCUUCUGCCCAAAUAUUGUUGGAUGCCGUGCGACUAUCAGGUUUGAUAUCUCUGGAGGAAAUGUGGUUAGAUUAACAGGAACUGAUAUCAAAGCAGUUUUCAAUGGAACAAGAGUGGGACAGAUCUGGCUUGAUUACAUGCUGAUAGUGCCUGUGGACCAAUACAACCCAGAUUUCCUGGAUGUACUACCAGUGGACAAAUCAGCCGAGUUUCUAAAGAAAUGUGUUGAUGAUGGUUUCCAGCUCAAAGAAGGUGAUAAGUUUUGCCAAGAAGGGGCCUUCACUCUCACUACCAAUUUCAACAAUGGUGCAUUGGACUGUAACUGUAAUUCAGAAGGGUCACGCAGCUUUACCUGCGAUACAUUUGGUGGUUUUUGCCAGUGUAAAGAUAAUAUAAUUGGACGCACUUGUUCUGCUUGUCGGCCAGGAUAUUAUGGUUUUCCGAACUGCAGGCCCUGUAACUGCCCAUUUGGUGUGUGCCAGGCUGACACAGGUGAAUGUGUCUGCCCUCCAUUCGUGGAAGGUCAAAGCUGUGAUAGAUGUAAGCCAGAGGCUUACGGUUACGAUAGACUGAUUGGCUGUCAACAAUGUAGUUGUCAUCCAGAGGGAGUGCUUAGCAGAGAUUUGAACUGUGACCAAGUGACUGGACAGUGCAGGUGCAAGCCCCAUGUAGGAGGCCGACGCUGUAAUACAUGCAUGGCUGGCUUCUAUUCAUUCCCACACUGUGAAGACUGUGGGUGUGAUGUCAGAGGAACACUGCCUGGCAUUUGUGACCUGAGAACUUCUCAAUGUUUCUGCAAGGAAAACGUCGAAGGUGCCCAGUGUGACAAGUGUAUUGAUGGCACUUUCAGUUUGAGCUCUGAACAUCCCAAAGGCUGCACAAAGUGUUUUUGUUUCGGUCACACCACACGCUGCGAGAGCACUACAUUGAGUUGGUAUGGGAUAACUUCAAUGUCAGGCUGGAAAUUAAGUAACAACAAAAAUGUUGACGUUGAGCCCGAUACCGUCUCUGUUCGUAAUGUUAAGGAUGGCAUUGAUGAUGGAGAAUCUGUGUACUGGGUGGCCCCAGCAGACUAUCUAGGCAAAAAAAUCAACUCAUAUGGUGGCAAACUUCAGUACUCAGUGUACAAUGAUGUUUCAGAGGGCAGACAAGUGUAUGCAUUGGGUCAUCAUGAUGUCAUAAUCACAGGAAACAACAUGACCAUUGUGCACACUCUUAAGACACAGCCUGCCCCUAAAGUGAAAACAGAGGUUGAGCUUCAGUUAGUUCAGUACAAUUUUCAACAUGAAGGAACCCAAAAUCGUGUUUCUCGUGAGCAGUUUAUGAUGAUUCUUAUAAAUAUUGAAUCUAUUCUUAUCAGAGCUACCUAUUAUUCUGAUGUGGAUUUAGCUAGUUUAUCAAACGUAAGAAUGGAGAUUGCUACAGUGAAUGGCUUUGGGGAAGUUGCAAAAACUGUAGAAGAGUGUAAUUGUCCACCUAAUUACAGAGGAGCUUCUUGUGAGGACUGUGCCCCAGGCUACUACAGAGCUCGCACAACACCUUACCUUGGCAUCUGUCUCAAGUGUAACUGUAAUGGUCAUUCUGACUCUUGUGAUGUGGUUACUGGAGAAUGUUAUAACUGUCAAAAUAACACUACUGGGCCUCAUUGUGAGAAAUGUAUUGCUGGCUAUUUUGGUGAUCCUGAAACAGGCCCCUGUCGUAUUUGUCCUUGCCCUUUGGAAAUCCCCUCUAACAAUUUUGCCAGUACCUGUAAUUAUAAUGAAAGCCAAGGAACACUUCAGUGUAGCUGCUUUCCAGGAUAUUCAGGAUCCAGAUGUCAAAGUUGUGACUCUGGCUAUUAUGGCAACCCUCGUGAGAUUGGAGGCUUUUGUCAGCCAUGCAACUGCAGUGGCAAUAUUGACAUGACCAAUCCACGCAGCUGUGACAGAUUCACUGGGGAUUGCCUUAUAUGUGAGCGACACACAGCUGGAAGCAGGUGUGAGUACUGUCAGGAUUGGUACUGGGGUGAUGCAAUCAUCCAAAAGAACUGCCAGCAAUGUUCCUGCAACAGAUGUGGCUCUGUUUCUUGUUACAAGGAGAAUGGAUUCUGUCAGUGCAAACCCAAUGUUGUUGGCCAGGAUUGUGACAGAUGUGCACAAAACACCUGGGGCUUUGACUUCUGUAGUGGUGGCUGCAGGGAUUGUGAGUGUGGUGCCGGCGCUGUGACCCAGCAGUGUGACCUGAAUACAGGCAUCUGUUUGUGUCAGCCUGGGGUAGAGGGAGAAAAAUGUGAUCGUUGCAAACAUGGCCAUUGGAAUUUGGGAGCAUCAGGAUGUGAAGCUUGUCAGUGUGAAUUUGAUGGAGCUACUGGUUGUGACCCAGAUACUGGAAGGUGCAUGUGUUUGCCUGGAGUUACAGGAGAAAGAUGUGAUCGAUGUCUCCCUCGAUGGAUUCUUGUUCCAAAUAGAGGAUGUCAAGAAUGUGAUUACUGUGUCCACCUGUUGAUAGAUGACCUUGAUACUCACUACAUGAAUGUUAAUGUUGUCCGCCGUCAGCUCCACGAGGUAUCUGUUGGUGUGGGAGCAUUUAAUAGGUUGUCCAACUACCAAGAUCAAGUCUCAGAUCUCAGACCUUUAGUUGAUCAAUUAAAUACUCGAGAAUCUGAUGAUUUUGGGGAAAAGUUAAAAUCGCUGAAAGCACUUUUGGACAACCACUCUAUUGAAGUCAGAAAAUAUCACAGCCAGUCUGUAGGUGUUUCAUCCGAUGCUGCCAACAUUGAAACACAAAUCUCUGAACUGAAUGCUAAAACUAAUGAUGCCACUGACGCAGCCAAAAAUGUGACUUUAUUAGGACAAGAGACCUUGCAAUUCAUCCAAUUAGUAGACCAGAAGCUGAUGGAUUCUUCUGACUCUGUGAUCAUUGAUGCUCUCCUAACAGAGAGUAAUAUGAUAGCUCAAGAGAUAGAAAACUUGGAUUUCUCUGUUAGAAAAUUGAACUCCAAUGAAGAAAAAGAAAAUGCUACUGAAGAUGUGUCCAGGGCUUUACUUUUACGAGAUAGCUCUAUGAAGAACUUUAACUACUCUAAUCAACUAAUCCAAGACAUUGCUAAGCUUGAGAGCAGGCUGAAUGAUCUCCUCAACAACACUCAAGGCAGCACUGAAAGCACAGAGGCUGCACAGGGUAUCAUAAGAAGACUGCGAGCUGUUCACGUGGAAAAUUUGAUGAUGAGUCAUCAAAUUAUAAGCAGUCUUUCAAAAGAAAGAGAAAUAUUGAUUGAAGAUUCAGAGAAAAUCACAUCCCUUGGAUCUGAAAGUUACAAUAAAUCACAGGCAGACAUUGAGACCAUUGAAGUUGACUCCUCAAGGCUAGAGGAUGCCAUUCCAAAACUUCAAGCCAAGAUUGACGAGCUAGAUGCUAACUCCGAAGAAUUAGUAAAGUUAUAUAACCAAAGCAGAAUCAGAGCAGACUAUCUACAAAUGCUUGCAGCUGACUUAGAUAGCAUGUAUGAUGAUACUCGCAACAUUUCCCAAAACUCUGUGAUAGCUGGUCAGUCAUACAAAGUUAUUUCAUCUUCCAUUGAUGAAGCCAACCAGAGCACAGAACAGGUUCUUUCAGACUUGGAGAACACUAAAAAUGAGUUGACUGCCCUUGAGACUGGUGCAGCUGAAGCCAUUAGAAAAUCAGAUGUUCAGGACACUGAGGCAAGGAGUUUGGACAGAGACACAAAGUCAAAAUAUGUUGAUCAGCUCUCCAAUGCUGAAAACAACAUAAAGGAAGCAGAAGAAGACUUAGAGAAAGUAUCUAACUCUCUGGAAAAUGUCAACAGUAACAUAGACAGAUUGAAAGAAACAAAAGUCUCUGAAAUCUCCAAGAGGGUUGUGGAUGGGGUUGCUAAUGCUAAUGAAGCUGUUACUCUAGCCCUGGACCAAAGUGAGAGAGCUAGAAGAGAGUCUGCUGAGAAUGUUGCCAAAAUGGAGUACAUUGUCAAUAAUAGACACAGGGCAACAGAGAGUUUGAGAGAUACAGAGAAUGAUGUGCAAUCUGCUGAAAACAACUUACCAAUGAUCAUCUCCCUCUUAAACAACUCCUCACAGAGAGUGAACCAGCUCUUACCAUUGGGUGAUGGCAUAUCAGAAAGUGUUGGCCAGUUAAGGGAAAAGAUUGCCAGAGCAAGGGACGAAGCUAACAGAUUGAAACUUGGACUUCACUUCCUGGGUAAUACAUCACUGACUCUACGUAAUCCAGCCAAACUGGAUGACACUGGCUCUUAUACUAGGGUAUCUGUUUACAUCAAGACAUCUCAGCCUGAAGCUCUGCUGGUUUACGUUGGAGAUAAUCUUUUAAUGAGAUCGGAGGAUGGCCGAAUAAAACGCCAGGUCGCGGAUGAUGUCCAGAAAGAUUACCUCGCCCUGGAGAUAAGAGAUAGCAAAGUUGUGUUCACAUUUAACCUCGGAUCUGGCUCGGCCAAACUGGUCAGCAAGACAAUGGUGAAUAAUGGGAAAUGGCAUCAUAUCAUAGCUGAAAGGAUUGGUAAAUCUGGUAAGUUGACAAUACAAUCCACUGGUGCUAAUGGUGAUGACAUUGUGGAGGGCUCAUCCCCGGGAACUUCAUCUGUACUGGAAUUAAGUACCCACAAGUCCAUUUUCCUUGUGGGAGGUGUUCCAGAGAUUGCAGAGCAGUCUUUUGCACACAAGGUUCCAUUGGAGUUGACAACCGAGCCAUUUAAUGGAGGAAUGGAAGACUUGAAGUUUGAUGAUGAACCAGUUGGUCUGUGGAACUUUGUGGAAGCUAAAAACAAUAAAGUGGGCUAUCCUCAAAGGGACUUUAUGCAAGAAAUAUUUACAGAAGGUGUGUACUUCAAUGGUCAGGGUUAUGCUGCCCUGAGUAGAAACGACUUCCAGAUUAGGGGCGAACGUACUCAAGUCUCAUUCCAGUUCAAAACCUAUGCUGCCGAUGGACUUCUGUUCUACAUUGGCCUCAAGGAUUACUUUUCUCUGGAGCUUGCUGGUGGGCAUCUUCUCUUCCGCUUUGAUCUGGGAAAAGGAGCAGCUGUGGCACGCAGUAAUGAUGUAUACAAUAAUGGCUCUUGGACAUCUGUUAAUCUGGACAGAAACUCUAAAAUUGGCAUCAUGAGUAUUAACAAUGGAGUUGAAGAUAUCCGAGUAGAGUCAAAAGGAAACUUGAAAACACUUGAGAUUGGAGAGGAUAUUUAUAUUGGUGGCAUAGAUAAUGCAGUGGUUCCACCAAGGGAGAUGACUACCACAUCAUUUGAAGGAUGUUUGAAAAACUUCAAUCUUGGUACAUUAAAUCUGAAUCCAAUGAAAAACAAAAGAUCAAAGGGACUAAUCAAAGGCUGUGUUGAAAAGAUUGCACGCAUAGUAACAUUCCCAGCCAGUAAAUCUGGAUACAUUGCUCUCAAACCUGUGUCUAUAGGAUCCAUGUUUGAUGUUACAUUCAAGAUAAAAACAAAAGAAAUCAAUGGACUUUUAUUAUUUGCGUCAGAUCUUUCUCAGAGCAAUGUGUUUGCUGUGGUCAUGUCUGAGGGACAAAUUAAAGUUGUAGAGACAGCCAACAAUGAAGAAUCCCAACUGGCAAGUUUGCCUUUCACCUACAAUGAUGGCAAGUGGCACUAUAUAUCAAUCAUGAAGAUGGGAAGAGAGUUGUCUAUGAGCAUUGAUGACACCAAUGUAGUGAACUACAGCACUGGCCCUGAGCAAAUUGAUCUUGACACAGCUAUCUAUCUUGGAGGUCUGCCUUCCUCUGUGACCGCAACCUCUGUACUAGUCAGUGAUAUGCCAGGUUUCUUAGGGUGCAUUGGUGACAUUACAAUCAAUAAAAAAUUUCAGAACUUGGCUAACCUAAAAGAAAGUAAAGGAAUAUCUUUGACUGACUGCCCAGUAGAAAGAGCAGAUUUAACUCCGGUUCGUACAUGUGCCUUGCCAGCUACAAGAAGUGACAACAGGACAAUAGAUAGUACUGCAGGAACUAGAUAUGGACUGACCAUUAGCAGCCGAUCAGAAUAUUUGAAUUUGGGUCCGAAAUUGAGACUUGGGCCCAAUACAAUCAUAGCUACAUUUAGAACAUCAGCACCUGAUGGCGUUAUCUUUUACACCUCUGACAAGAAACAUGUCGAUCAUCUUACUAUCUUCAUGCUCAAAGGGAAAGUAUUCUUUGGAUUUGACUUUGGAAGUGGACCUGCCUCUAUGUCCAGCACAGAGACCUAUAAUGAUAAUGAAUGGCACAUUGUGAAAGUUGUUCGAAGAGGUAAAGAAGGAUCACUGUUCAUAGAUGGAAAGUUUAUAAUUAAAGGUUCGAGUGAGAAAACAUUAAAAACACUUAAUGUUAUCGAUCCAUCAUUUGUUGGAGGACUUCCAGAAAAUGAGAUUAGAAAUGCUUUACGAAAUUUGAAGAAUGUGUCGUAUACUGGAUUCCUUGGAUGCAUUAAAGACCUUAUCUUAGACAACAAACCUUUCCCAAAUCCUGCACGAAAUGUAAACACUACAGAUUGUUCUAGUUUUGAUGAGUCUGGAGCAUUCUUUGGUAUUAAUGGAGGCUACCUGAUUCCAGCUGAUAGGUUCAAAGUUCACACCAACAUGGACAUUCAGCUAGAAAUAAGGCCCAGAACUCAGGAAGGUGUUUUACUUUCUGUUCACAACAAGACUGACUAUGUUGUACUGCAGAUGACAGGAGGAGAUAUUGUCUUCACUGUGGACAAUGGAGCUGGUCCUAUUACAGCCAGAUAUAAAGCUUCAUUCAAAUUUUAUCUUUGUGAUGGCAACUGGCAUUCUAUUAAUGCUGUAAAGAGAGGUAACAAUCUGACAUUGACUGUGGAUGGCAAGUCCAUCAUGCAACAGGGCAGUAAAAGCACUUCAGUUGCUGCAGACACCAAUGAUCCACUUUAUAUUGGUGGUUUAACAGAUAUGUCAGCUAAAGGUGUUCUUGCCACAGGAAACUAUUCUGGUUGUAUUCGUAAUGUUUACAUAAAUAGACAGUUUUACUCUCUGUAUGUUACAGCCAAUGGAGAUGUUAGAAAUGAUGCAUGCCAAUUAGAUUAAAAGAAUGUUAGUAAUUGAUACUAAUUAUAGCUUCUUUUGUUUUAAAAGUUUAACUAGAACUAGUUUGGGAACUCAUGAAAAAGACCAAAUUUUUAAGAAACAAAAUUUU